AUGCCUGACUACUUCUUUCAUGUCGCUGUUGAAUUAUUUACAGACCCCACCUUCAAAGCGAAGCAAACUGACCAACACCAGCCUCCGACCCUGUCGUCCUUUUUCAGAGCCUUAAAGCCCUUCACGAACUCUGGAGGAAGACGCGACUCCCGAGAUCCUCUUUUUGACCGCAAGAAAGAACACCUCCUCUCAAGCCGUACUCGCCCACAACAACCAGCGCAGUCGGAACAGACUCCUCGUGACAUCUGCCACUCCGAUCCCAAGGAUCACCGUCUAGACACAAUCAUCCUUGAAAGUACAGAUAUGUCGGAAUUUUCUGGCGGGAAUGAGGAGGGUUCGGUCGCCAGCGAAAACAUAAUAGGAAAGGGGAUUGGUAGCGUGAUGUCGGGCCAUCACAUGAAAGGACGAUACGAACCCUUGGAAAGCCAUGAUAGCGCAGAUGGAUGGGGUAUUGUUCACCUCUACAGAGAUGCGGAAGAGACAGCAGGGCUAUACAAGGACUCGGUUUACCGGUCAAGCGACCUCUGGAGCGACGGCCUGCGCAACCCGCCGUCAGGGAAACCACACCCUCCGCCAAAAGACGAGGAAUGCACAACUCUGUGCAUCCUUGCGGUUCCAUCAUACAUGACGCCUUCGGACUUCCUCUCGUGGGUUGGUGAGGAUACGAGAAGGGAAGUCAGCCAUUUCAGAAUGGUGCGCACCUCAAGAGCGAACCGCUACAUGGUCCUCAUGAAGUUUAGACACGGCAAGAAGGCAAGAGAGUGGCAGCACGAAUGGAACGGUAAGGUUUUCAAUAGCAUGGAGGUGAGUGGCCUGUGCCAGCUGCUUGAAAGAGAUAUUGACUAG